GCGCUCCAUUCUCUCCUCUCUGGCCCGCGCGUCCCACGGAAGAUACAUAUCCCAGGGUUUCGCGCGGCGUUACCCCUUCCGGCGCGGCCGCCAUCGGAGUUUGCAGUCAUGGCUCUGCGCUACCCCAUGGCCGUGGGCCUCAACAAGGGCCACAAGGUGACCAAGAACGUGAGCAAACCGAGGCACAGCCGCCGCCGUGGGCGCCUCACCAAACACACCAAGUUCGUGCGGGACAUGAUCCGGGAGGUGUGUGGCUUUGCUCCCUAUGAGCGCCGUGCCAUGGAGUUGCUCAAGGUCUCCAAGGACAAACGAGCCCUCAAGUUCAUCAAGAAGAGGGUGGGGACACACAUCCGUGCUAAGAGGAAGCGGGAGGAGCUGAGCAAUGUCCUGGCCGCCAUGAGGAAAGCAGCAGCCAAGAAGGACUGAGCCCCUCUGACUGGUGCACAAUAAACGUUUACAGACACAA